CUCCUCAUCCUCCAAACCCUCUAAUCUGUCAGCAGUAAGCUCACUUUCCAAGUCACAAGGCCGUUCUCUGCCCACACUGACAACAUGCUGGGGACCCUCUGCACUCUCAUCACUGCUCUAACAUGUGUGAGUGGUGUGACGGUGGUGACACAGAAACCUCCAGUUGUGACGGUGAUGAAAGGAGAGACAGCCACCAUGGACUGUAACCUGGGGACUGUUACUGCCAGUGGUGUUCGCUGGUAUAAACAGAUUCCUGGAGGAGUUCCUCAGUUUGUAUUAUAUUUUCUUCACAGCUCAAGCUCUCCAAGCUAUGGCUCUGGUUUCUCCUCUCCAAAGUUCACAUCUACUCAUCAGUCAACUUCAGAUUAUCGUUUGACCAUAAACACCAUCGAGGAGGGAGACUCAGCAGUCUAUUACUGUAAUACAUGGGACGGCUCUGUGAAUGAGUGGGUAUUCGGACAAGGAACCAAGCUGAUUGUGACAAGCUCCAGCCUCCCUCCUCCCGUCCUGACUGUCUUCCCUCCGUCCAGUGCUGAGCUCCAGUCCAACAAAGCCUCUAGUCAGUCUGUGCCUUUUGCAGAUGUGACCUGGUUUUCUGGAGGGAGUCCAGUGAGCAGUGGGAUCUCCACCAGCACCGCUGUUAAACAACCAGACCAGACUUUCCACAUCAGCAGCUAUCUGGACGUCCAGACGUCAGACUGGAACAUGGAUAAGGUUUACAAAUGUAAAGUGUCUUUGGGCUCCCAGACUUCAGAAAAAGCAUCAAGAAGUCAUCUAACAACAGUAAAGCAGAACAAUUAA